AUGAACUCGUCAAAGAGCCCUCAGGUCAACAGACCUAUGAACGUCAAGGAAAAAGAGGCAGAUGUGAACCGCAAACUGCAGAUCUACGGCAUCAUCGAGGCCUUCAAGAACGGAAAGGUCCCUUCGAACGACCAAAUUGAUGUCGCCCUGAACAGCUUCCUCGCUUCCCAGGCACUCUCAAAUCCCUCCCAGAAGCUGUCGGAUGAAGGCCGAGCACUCGUGGCCGACGUGAGAGAAGUAGUGAAGCAAGCCAAGAAUCUACUGCUGUCCAAAAACGAGGGAAACCUCCUGCAAGACUUCAUAUGGCAGACCGAGCAGUUCGACGCCCAGUCAGUCGCUACCCCAAAUGCCCCUGUCAACAAGGAGCAAGCCCGCCAGCACGGCAACCAGGCCCUUGAGGGAUUGCGCACUCUCGGUACCCUAGUGAUUACCAAUGGACAAUUUCGAAAGCUCCUCAAUGAUGCCACGACCCUGCUACGUGACAUGGCUGCCGAUGCUGCCACGAACGCAGCCAGCCGAGUGAGGCCUGCCUCCGAAGACCUCGAGCGGAUCGAUGUCCCUGCUGAAGACAAUGUUUGGCAUGACAAGCCUGACUUCUCUAAGGAUACUGUGAGGGGUAAAUUCCAAGAAUAUUACAAAGGCAAUCCGAAGGAAGAUGCGAAGGCGGCUGCCACAGAAGGGACGUCCGAGGCCCAUCCCGGCGGCUCCUCGGACCCGAGGGAUCUGGCAACUACCGCAGCACAGGAUCGUCAGACCGGCGCAUCCUCCGGAGUCAACGCCGUUGGCGGCGCGUCGACGGCAACGGAUAACCUGAAGCAGAGGGCCGAGCAGAACAUUGACCCAGAAACCAAGGACAAGGCCAAGGCCAAGGACCGAGAGUAUCGGGAGCGUGUGAAGAACUACUUCUCCCGCAAGGUCCCGCAGGAGCGUCGAGACCAGACUGUUUGGCGCCUGAAGAAAAUGGUUCUCGAAUGCCAGCAGCAUCCAGACUAUCAGCGUGCGAUCCAGACGCUGUUGGAUCUCGCCGAGGAAUACGGCGACCACGCGAACCGAUUGGCGAGAGGAGGUACAGGUACUGUGAAGGACACUCGGGCCGGGCUGCUUCAGGCCGAAAGCGAUCUGAAGACUCUUAUCGAAAGAUUCGCAAACGGCACCUCCACCGAUGACCUGUGGGACUCGAUCAAUACCAUUUACGAGGAUGCGGACCGUGACCCUGAGCUCAAGAACUGGUUCAAGUCCCUGAACAGAUACAUUCGCCGAUGCCUCCAGGAGCAGGGCUAUAUCCUGGAUGACGAAUCGAACGCCGAGUGGAACCGGUUGUAUGACCAUGGCAACUACCUUCUGCGCGACAAGUACCGUGGUCAUACCAACCGUAUUGUGGAUGAGAUCAAGUUUUUGGCGGAUCAGUUUGACCAAGAUCCACAGAACAAGGCAUUUGCUGCCUCGAUGACGAAGCUCUUUAACGACCUGGGCAAUGACGAGAAUGGGAAGCCAACCUUCAAGCCACACCUCAUCAAGGAUCUGACGGAUGUUAUCCUUCCGGCAGUGUUUGAGAAGGUUGCUUACGUUCCAGUACCGCGCAUGGAGUACUCGGACUCCCAGUUCGAUGUGGUUGUGGAGAACCUGGUCCUUGAGAGCGACAACUUCAUGCCCAACGUACUCGAGAUUUCAACCGAGAACUACAAGCGUUGGGGCCGAAAGAAGAUCGGCAACAAGAGCUACUAUUCAGUCGAUGUCAAGGUGACAGGCAUUCAGAUGGACCUGCGCGACGUUAGCUAUCACAUCAAGCGCAAACAAGGUUUCCCGUCCAUCACCGACACUGGAGUUGCCAACCUCCUUCUGGCUGGUGAUGGCUUCGGCUUCCGGAUGAAGCUGACGUCGCCCGACCAGAAAGACCCGCAAUCCUUCUUCAAGAUUGAUAAGGUGGAUGUCCAACUCAAGAAGCCGCAGAUCACGCUUGUCAAGUCCAAUCACAAGCUGCUCUUCAGCGUCUUCAAGCCGCUCAUGCUCAAUGUGCUGCGUCCUGGCCUACAAAAGGCCCUCGAGAAGGCGAUCAAGGAUCAAGCCACGCGGCUGGAUAGCUUGAUGUUCCAGAUCAAGCAAGAAGCUGACCGAGCGCUUGAGCAAGCGCGCGAAGAUCCGGAGCACGUGCCCAACAUCUACAACCGCUACGUGACGGCCGCCCAGAAGCGAGUCAUGCAAGGCAAGCAGAAGGCUCAGGAGGUUGCGGCAGACAAGAAGGUCAACUACGCCAUUACUAAGGAGGACAGCAUCUUCCCCAACAUUCACCUUCCCGGUGGCAUCAGCUCCAAGGCCACGGAAUACAGGGAUCUCGCUCGCAAAGGUGACAAGUGGGAGAGUCCCGUCUUUUCUAUCGGGAGCGCGGCUAAGAGCAACGACAUCCCCGCGGCUCCCCGCGUGGUGCGCAAGCCGCAUGCAGCCAGCAACGGCCAUGCAACGAACGGAAACGCUCAAGCAGGCUUCCGAGGACCGGGCGCUAACGGAGCUCCGGUGAGCGGAAACGGACUUGAUGGAAAUGCCAAAAACAACCCUACCGGCAUCCCUGGGGCCGGGCCAAUCGUGGCUUAG